GGUAUCAAAUGGUAUCGGCCGACCAAUCGGGACAGGUUUGGCUGAUCUUCCAGGAUGUGAGUGCUAGAACAGUUAUUUCCCUGGCAAGCCUUUACUCGUGUUUAACGUCGUAUCACAGAUGACUGGCGAAUAACGGAUUGCUGCUGCCUUCUGAAAAACUCAGCAUCAGCAUCACCACCAUCACCCUCAGCAUCAUCACCGACACCGACAAACAUUACACGAGAACAGCUGCGGCGCGUUUAGAACGUUCGGGCGUUUGUUUACAUUCAGAGUCCGUUAACAUCGCUCUCUCGGAAUGCCUUUGUGACGUCAUGGAGACAGACGUUCUGUUUGGAGUUUUAAAAUGAACACCUGUUAUGUUGCAAAUGGCAUGCACGUUGCGCAAAAAGAAGAAGAGAGGCGACGUUUUAAAUUCACGCGGACGCACUGAAGCCUUCUAAUCUCCGGGAGCGCAACUAAAGCCGUUUAGGGAUCCAUUUAGUGAUAAGCCCGACUGCUGCUGUCUGUCUGCAUCGACAGGGAACAUGGGUGGUGAGGAAUUUGCACUGACGAGAGCGACGGCGAUGAUGAGGAUGAUGAUGAGUGCACUCGUAUUGCUGCUCUGCUCCCUUGGAAACUAAAAGAUACUAUCAUCCAGCGCGUUAUUCAUUAGCCUCGGGCUGUUUUGUGGAUUUUCAAACGUGCACAAACAUGGGCAAAGACGAAUGCAAGACCAUGUUGGACGCGCUGAACAAAGUCACAGCUUGCUACAGGCAUCUGGUCAUCGCUUUGGGAAGCACAUCUGAUUCCCAAAACCUCAGAGAGGAACUUAAAAAGACCCGAACGAAAGCACAGGAGCUGGCCGUGGCCAACAGGACUAAGCUCACGUCUCUUCUGAAGGACAAAGGCAUCAGCAAAGAUGAUCGAGCCGAAUAUGAGCGCCUCUGGGUGCUAUUCACCAGCAGCGUGGAGCUCCUGGAGGUGGACAUGAAGCGAUCAUUGGAGAUCGGGCAGGAUUUUCCUCUCAAGGUGCCAAGGAGACACCUCAUCCAGACGGGAAUGACCGGCAGCACCACUACCGUGGCUGCUCGAGCCAUGAGCGUCCAAAACAUGAAGUACGAAGCCGACGCAAACAUCGACACGGUGGACCUCAAGGAGCUGGAGACCGAGAUCGCUCAGGUGGACCAGAUGAUGGAGGAGAUGGAGCUGAAGGUCCAGGUGGCCCCGUGGACAGUCGAGGCGAAGCAAGAGGCAGGAGCCGAGCUGAAAUCCACCGUCAGUGUUGGGAAUUCAUCGGUUGGUAUCAUCUCGAUCUGCGAGGAGGAACCCAAAGAAACGGUGGAAGGUGAAACUGGGUUGAUGAAAGUAUUUGCAGGGGUCAUUUUCACCGCUGUUUUGCUCAUAGCUGGAAUUCUGGGGUAUCUGGUGAUUAAUCUAUAGUGGAUGAAGAUAGUGUAUCUGGAUGACAGUGGGCUUUAGGUUUUCUUUUGGAGGAAGCAACAUGUUGCUAUGUUUGGCCUGUGAGUGAAAUCGUGGAGGUAAUGUACAGUAUGAUGCUCCUGGUGUGGAGAUAAGCAGAUCACCUCCACGGACAUCAGUAAAAUGCAUCAGUGUUUAAAGGGAAUAGCCAAAAUGAAUAAAAACUUUUCCAUGACUGGUUCCUCAACCCAUGAAGGGAAAAACUAGACAGAACACAAUCAAAAGUUGGACUGCCACAUAAAAGCUUUUAUUUGAGCAAAUUUUAAGCUACAUUUUGAAUUCUAAGUGAAUUGUCACUCUGUCAUAACUGACCGUUUCAUCCUUCGCCGAUGAAUCUGAA